AUGAUGCAGGAUCAUGUCAGGGAAAUCCUCAACAGAGCGGAGGCUGCGGACUUGCCCACCGUCCCACCUAUCGAUGCCGUUCAGACUCUCAUCGACACAAAUCCCACUGUCUUCAUGCUCUUCACAGAGAUGUUGACAGAGGUGCCAACCAGACCUCCUUACGACACCAUUCCAGGCGGCGGCCCAGAAAUCAGAGAACUGCCUAAACUUAUUCAAGCACUCAACUACCAGAUCCAAACUCCAAUCCUUUACAAUGACUCCCCUCAAAUCGGCACCCCUAUCAACGCUAUACUAGACUGGCCUAUGGCCACGAAAGCUGGUUUUUCUGCAUUUCUUCGCGACGAUGUCAAUCAGAUUUUCAAAGAAAUGUUGGUCUACUGGGGUCAGUUCCUUACCACGGACAAAUCCGUCGAACCGGUGACGACUGCCGCAGGAGGCUGGCUUUCAUCCCAGGCCCAGAGUGAAGAGACUGGAUUGAAAGACUUCUUAAAGACAUACAUUGUCCCCGAUCCCAAGGAUCCUAUUCAUUACGGCUUCACUUCCUGGGACCAAUUCUUCACCCGCGACUUCCAGGACGGCCUCAGGCCGCUCCCAUCUCCUGACGACCUGAAUGUCAUCGUUAGCGCCCGCGAGUCAACUCCCUUCUUUAUUCAGAACAAUGUCCAGCUUCGCGAUACCUUUUGGGUCAAGAACGCCGACAAGCGUUCGAACUACAGCCUAGCGGAUAUGCUUGGCGAUGAGAACCUGGCCAACCAGUUCGUUGGUGGCACUGUCUAUCAGGCAUUUCUCAGUGCCGACAGCUAUCACAAUUGGCAUGCUCCUGUUUCCGGCUCUUACGUUGGUACACCCAACAUCAUCAACGGUACAUAUUACUCAGAGCCUCUCAUGUGGAGCUUCAGCCCGGACAAAGGCAUCGGACGCCCGGACAUCGGCGCGGACGAACUGUCACAAAGAUACAUCUCCGCCGUCGCCAAGCGUGGCGUCGCUGUCAUCCAGGCCGAUAAUCCCGCUAUCGGCCUUAUGGCUGUAGUUAUGAUUGGCAUGGCCGAGGUCUCCUCUAUUGACUUCUUCGAUAAGCCAACUUUUCAGAAGGGGGAAAAGAUUGGUCGCUUCCACUUUGGCGGCUCAACUCAUUGCCUAAUCUUUGGACCUAACGUCAAGCUCUCCUUUAGCCCGGAUGCAAUCCCUGAGCCGAACAUUCACCAUCUAAGCCGUCGUCACGUUCCUGUUCGAAGCGCGCUUGCCACAGUCAUUCCAAAGAGUUGA